UAGCAAAGGAACUCCAAAGUAGUUCCCGUAAUCGUCAGUCAUCUUUUCCUUUUUAUCCUGGUAGGACGCAUUUCGACAAGAAAAUGGAGGUUUCAAUGCAGUAAUUUGGUUUUAAAGACAAUUAAUGGACCUAAGGGCGUCCAGAGUUGUCCAACUCUACCCGGUUCGUUCUCAGGUAUCUUGGUGCAUCAGUGGGGUGUUGAGGGAUGGAUCGUCUCAGUGGUUUGGAUGCUAGGCGGGUCAUGCACACCCUUAGCUCAAACCUUGAAAAGGAGCUCAAGCUAUGGAAGCCAAUUGUCUUCAAGCAAUCCUCUGAAAAAGAAAUGAGUGGGCUGCAGCGCGAUAAAUUUGCUGCAUGGAUUAGGAGCUUGGCAGCAGAGUUCAAGUUCCUUCCAGAAACUUGCGGCCUUGCCAUUCGCUUGAUGGACAGAGUCCAGCAACUUUUCAAGGUUCAAGCUAAGUAUAUGCAGUGUGUUGCAGUGACCUGUCUCUACAUAGCAGCCAAAACACUUGAAGAAGACGAGAAUAUUCCCCCAACUCCGGAUCUUGUGAGGAGAAGCCACUGCGGAUGUUCAUUUGCUGAGAUCACUCGCAUGGAGAUGGUGAUCCUAAACAAACUGAACUGGGAUGUGCGGCAGCCAUCUGCUGUGGACUUUCUUCACACGAUCCAUGUAGUGCUUGUCAUGCACUACCCCCACUUGCUUUCGAGCCAAAGUGGCAUGAGCCCCUCAGAGCAACUGUCCACCCUGAUGCGCAAGAUGCUGCGCUGCCUGUGCACUCACACCUUGCUGCAGUUUCGGCCGUCCACCAUCGCCUUGGCUCUCAUCAGUCUGGAACUGGAAGUUCUCACUCCUGGCUGGCUGCGUCUGGUGCUUGCACUGCAACGCAUGACUAAUGUGGGUAGUGAGCAGCUGAUGCAGUGCCGUGAGUCGAUCGGCCUGUUCCUUGGUCAGCAGCCUAUGAUGGGCUACACAGGUCAGAACCGCCACUCCUCCUCCUCAGCGCCUCAGUCCAAGAAGCGCAAGGUGGAGCACAACGCGACCAGCGUGGAGGAUGAGAACAUCUAUGAAGGCAUCAAGCGUCUGUACAACGAGGACUGCUUCGUCCUGCCCUCUCCGGCCUCCUCUGCGGGGGUCGUUGGAGGAGCAGAGCGGUGUGCCCUGAGGACUUCAUGCAGCUUGGAGAUGCACCAAGACACCGAGGAGAACACCCUGCCCGCCGGUCUUGGACAAACUUUGUUGGUUAACUGACUCACGGCCAUGUCCACUUACCACGCCACACCAUAGCAGGUCAGAAAGUUCUACGACUUUCUCACCGACUGCGGCUCCAAAAUGUUGUGUAUGUGCGUAUGGGUCUGUAAAACUUUCUCAGAGAGAUCUGAUUUUUUUUGUGGUUGGAUUUGUGUGAAAAGUACAUUAUGCUCCCAACUAUUUCUGAUGGAGUUGUCAGAGUGACUGUGAGUGACUGUUCAGUAAGAUUUUUUGUGUGCGGUAAGUGGACAUGACUCGGUUAAAGUUUCAUACAUUUGAUUCUAAAAUAAGAUCUAUUGAAUUUAUGUAUGAUGCUUUUAACACAACUUUCGCAAGCCGAAAGGCUUAUAGAGUGAAGACGUUAACAGUUUUUAGUUUUAAAAGAUAGAAGAGCAGUGAAACAAAAAUUACACUGAAGAUUUGAAUGAUCUCUCACUAUUAGUUACUGCAGGUAGUAAAGAGUUGGUUGCUGUUUCAGUUCCCUUUUGAAUUGGUUUUGAUAUGCGUAUCAAUAUUCACAAGAUGGGAAAAGGUCACGUGUCCACAGUUUUGAAAAUAAAAUUCUAAAAAAGUUUAAAAUGUUGACGUGAAAAACUUUUAAAAAAACAAUUAAAAAUUUUUAAUCAGCAGAAAUGCUGCUUUGAAAAACUUAAACAAAAAAAUAAAUAAAAAAUUACACUUAUGAUAUCCAUCUAAAAAAAAUUCACUUGUAAUCUGUUUGUAUUUUUGUGUUUCGAAGUUUUUGUUCUUGAAUGCACGUUUUCUCUCUCUCUCCUUAAUAAUUGGUUAUUUUUUAAAUCUAAAGGGGAUACUGGGUUCUUUGUUAAUGGAGGGUUGUGGAAUGUAGUAAAUAUUAAUGGGGUUGUAAUGGUUAAUAUUUGUGGGGAAAAUUUCAGUACUGAUUUGGUCAAGUUUUUGUGUGGUAUGAUUUGGAAAACGGAGGCAAAAAGAUGUUGGUGGGUAAACCUUUUUAAGAGCCUUGUACUAAACUUGGCAUAAUUUUGUAAAUACAGUUUGGAUGUCCUCCUUAAAAAUGGUUGUACAAAGUAUUGAAUGGCAGCAAACAAGGACCAGAGGGCAUUUCUCAAACUUUGCAUCAGAAAUUUUAAAGCAAAGACUGAUCUUUGUAAAUAAAAAGUACGAGCAUCUGUAUUAACUUACUGUGUUUAAAAUAUCAUGCAUUGUAGUAAUUUUUUUAAAAAUAUAAGUAAAAAGAAAUCUGUGAUUACUUCCUUUUUAUACAUUGUCCCUGUCACAUUUACAAGCCAAUUAGAAUCUGAAUGCAAUGAAAGUGAUGGAGUUUAUCGGAAGAAAGUGGUGCAGGUUGUUUUCAUGCAUGGAAACAUCUACUGUUGGGAUGGCUAGUGUUAACAUGGAAAUCUGGAAUUUAAUAUGUGAGAUGUUUAUUUCUCAAACAUUUCAUUGUCUUAUUUUGUAAUUGGCUUGCAUUCUCCCCACCCUCCAUUUAAUCCAUUUUUUCUCAUUAUCAUUGGACCAUGGGGCUCUUCGCUCAUAGCAAACAAUUCUUUGUUGUCAUUACAUUUGCUAUUAUUAUUUUUUUAUCGUAACUAACAACAUUGUUUUGACUGCUAUCAUUGUUCUUGUUUUCUUGUUCACCUUACUGAUCAAAACAUGCUGUAAGGGCAUGCAUGAUUAAUGUAGUCUAAAGUUCUUUUGAAAUAAUCUUGGUGUCUGCUGUUCCUACAGUAUCGGUGGUGCUUUAUUUUGAGAUGUACAGGGAGUGGGUCCAUAACUUCUUAGUGCUUUUUUUUUUUCUUCAUUUAAAAAAAAAAUCAAAGCCCAAAUUCUUGAAAAACAUUUUUGGAAAGAGGUCUUUAUUUUGUUCGGCAAUCGAUAUAAUCUGAGAUGUGUGCCAAGGCAUUAUGUACAAGGAUUGGUUCAAAUUUUUUUUAAAGCCCUGGUUUGGCCUAUUCACUCUCUAGAACAAAAUGUUGGUAAUCAUCUGAAAGACAUCAGUCGAUAAAUAAAACAUAAUGCUUAGUCAAAAUCAUUUCUGUGAAAAGUGCGCUGAAUAAAUUCCAUCGUGUUUUGUACUUUGUUUAAGUUCCCAGAUCGGUACUGGGUGUCAACUUCGGGUUUCAGGGCUAUUUAAAGUGGAGUAUUUUCCAUACCAAGAGCUUCUAAAGUUUUACAUUUUACGUCAUGGGCUAAGCUAGUAAAGGAAAAAGUAAAUUUAUAAUAACAGAGUUUGGGCAUAUGGAUUAUCACAUAUUGAAAAAUCCUUUUCUGAUCAUUUGCACAUAUUGACCGAGUGUUCACAUCUAGUAAGGUUGCUUCCAUCUAAAAAUUUUCUUUUGAAAUACCAUCUUCUCAUCUCACGACUCUAGCAAACUGUAAAUAAUCAUGGGGAUGGAGUGAUCUCGAAAUCUUGAAUUGUGUACAUUCCAGUGUGAAAAAGGCAAAUGAUGUGGGGUUGGAACGUACAGCUUCUAUUUGGCUUUUUAUUGUCUAUGCAGGCUAGGAUUGUCUUUAUCUCUUGAAGAUGUUCAUGGCAGUGACUGUAGAAUAUAAAAUGUGAAUGUGAUUGAAAUGGUGAGUGUAUUGAGGCCAUAAUGGCUCAUAUAUGAAGACACCAAGUAUUAUUUCUCAAACUUUUGUGCAAUAGAUAGAUGUAAAGAUUCCUCAAACUUUUUUUCAAGUUUCAUGUACAAAAAGGAGAGCAAGCAGACUACAACACCAAGAAAUCCUUUGGAUCUUCUUCCACAUUGCAAGCCUUCAUGUUGUAAAUUAAAUCUUGUGUAUCCCAUCUCCAUUUCACUUGUAUCAAAUGAAAUGGGUUGAGACAACUAAAAUAUUUACAGAGGAAAACUGUUGGGUGUAUACUUUUCUGCUGUUUUUUUUUUUUGUAUCAUCGUACUCAUAGCUCAUUGUAAUCAUCAUAGCCAGUUAUCACAUGGAAUCAUGUACUCAAAGUUAAUAUAAUCUCCUAAUUUCAAGGCUGUGUUUUGUCCCUUGCAGUAUUUUUUUCUUUUUUUUGUUUGUUUGUUUGUCUACUGUACUGGUACCGAUAUUGAAGUGGCCCUCCUCAUCUCUCGGAUGAACUAGGGGUGUCAGCUUUAUUUUAGUUCACUUAACCUUAUGUUUUUCUGUUUUGUUAACUUUCAAUACAGGUACUACUUUUGUACUGGGGCAGGGUGGGCGUUGUGGAGAACUAGCAUUAAUUUUACAAACGACUUGCAGUUUUGAGUGAUGAAUCUACAGGAUUAUCCUCAGGUUCGUGUGCUCUUCUAAACAGUGUAUGAUCAAGUUUGGAUUUAUGAACAUCUCAAGUCUUAAUGUUGGGGCAGUGUUUGUUCCUAGAAGUUGUCCUUUUUGACAAGUUCAAGUACUGUUUUUGUCUUACAACAGUUUUCAGAUAUCUUAAAAUGUGCACAUACAUUAUUAGCUUUCCCCAGGUUUUUACUUGCAUACCCUGGCAUGUGUGUUAUUCAGUUUCAGUUUCAGUGUAUUGUUACUUGAAUUUCAGUGCUUGUUUGUUCCCUGUAUCGAGGGAUUGUUUUUUAUUGUCAUGGUACAAAUUCAUUGCUGUUACCGUCAGAGCAUCCUCUCUUUCGUCAUCGUAGUUUUCAUGUGCAUUAUUACAUCAGGGUCUUCCUAUGUGAGAAUGCAUGAGCAAAUGACUCCCCAGCUAUGGGACCUUGAGAACAAACUGUAUACAGUUGAGAGUUCAUCUAUGUUUUGUUUUGUGAGAAUGGGAAUGGAAUAGCACACCUCCUGCAUCUUAACGACCUAUAUAAUUACCAGCCUGAUGUGAAGUGUAUUUGGGAAAAUCCUAUAAGUGCAGUACUAUACAACUUUACUGAUCUAACCAACUGGUGCAUUUUACUUGUGAAACAUACCUGCGUAGUUGUUACUUUAACUAUUCUACGCAUUUCCGAGGUUUAGAAGCAAAUUGAAAUAAAAAGAAUUUCAAGCAACA